AGCGAGUGCAUCGGUUUUGUUGUGAUCCGGGCCAAGUUUCAUGAUCAAAAUUUAAUUUUCUUGUGGUACAUACAAAUUUGAGGAAAAAAUAUAUUAAAACCCCCGUAUUUGCCAGUUUUGCUAUUGCAAACAGCUUCCGCGAUGGGAAGUGAAGUAAAAAUAUCGAAAGCGGAACAGUUUAUUCAGAACUUGAACGCCAGCAAUGCCAAGAAGUUGGCUUUUCUGAUGGUUCUCGGUUUCACCAUCUAUCAUGGAUUAUUGCACCUUAGAUAUGGUAGUGAUUCCUGUAAAUGGCUUCUGAGCGAUGGUCGAUUCAAAGGCGACAAGGAGUGGCAACCUUUCGGAUGUAUGCUCCAUAAGUAUACCGAAACGUGGUAAACCUAUAGGUGGUAUAUACACUUCUUGGAAGAAAUCUUUCCGUGCAAUAUAACCUGUGAACGCAGCCCAACGUGUUCAAACGUCAUUUUGAAUUUUCAGAAAAAUGCACCUUGUCUGACGCAGUCACUGCAGCGAGUGCAUCGGUUUUGUUGUGAUCCGGGCCAAGUUUCAUGAUCAAAAUUUAAUUUUCUUGUGGUACAUACAAAUUUGAGGAAAAAAUAUAUUAAAACCCCCGUAUUUGCCAGUUUUGCUAUUGCAAACAGCUUCCGCGAUGGGAAGUGAAGUAAAAAUAUCGAAAGCGGAACAGUUUAUUCAGAACUUGAACGCCAGCAAUGCCAAGAAGUUGGCUUUUCUGAUGGUUCUCGGUUUCACCAUCUAUCAUGGAUUAUUGCACCUUAGAUAUGGUAGUGAUUCCUGUAAAUGGCUUCUGAGCGAUGGUCGAUUCAAAGGCGACAAGGAGUGGCAACCUUUCGGAUGUAUGCUCCAUAAGUAUACCGAAACGGACACCAGAAAAUGUUUCCGAUACUUGGCUUUUUGGGGUAACCAGAACCAUUUUGUGUUUAUCGGAGACGUUCGCGUGCGGUCGCUUUAUUUGGAGAUGAUCAAUCAUCUGAAGCCUCGAGACGCCGAUAAUGCCUCCAUACAAUCAACGCUCAGUAAAACAGAGAAUCUCCAAUUUGUGGAUUACAAACUAAGAUUGCAAAUCAAUUACAUUUAUGCCAAUGAAAUAUCCAAAACUAUGAUCGAUGAGUUCCUCAAAUGGCAGCACGAAGAUGAUCCUCCCAGUUUGAUUGUGGCCAGCUGCGCCUAUUCUACGUUCCACAAUGGCAAUGUUACCAAAGAGGUUCAGAAAGCCUUCGAAAAGAACUUGACGAGAAUGGUGAAACCAAUCGAUAAUUUAGUGGCGAAAAAAUCCAAAGUGAUUUGGAAGCUGCAGGAUCCCAUCGAUCAAGAUCGCCUCAAUGACGAGUGGAAGAACGUCCAAAACGAAGACAUCGAUCGCAUCAAUCAGGUGGUUUACGACAUUUUGAGCUAUUCGGAUGCGAAAAUUUGGUCCUCGUCGAAGAUGAUUGCGUCCGGGCUUGUGGAUGAGUUUGUCGACGGCAACAGUCUGGGCAUGUUGGCUCUGAAGCAUGAUAUACAGAUUCUGCUGAACAUGUAUUGCAACGACUACAUGAACUAUAACGAUGGAACUUGUUGUAGCAGUGCUGAAUCGUACACCAUCAUACAAGUAGUGACGUACGCAACUCUUGGAGUUUGCUUGGCAAUUGCCUGCGCUAUGAUCGUCCGACGAUGGCUGCUGAAACUGCGAGGUGUUAACAUCUACGUUCCGCUGAGUCAAACCAGCACCGGAGUCACCCCAGCGGCAGCAAACUCACAAUCCCCGAUUAUAGCCCUAGCGUCCCUGGCCAUCAUCAUGGCGUACUUCUACCUGUGUGAUCGUACGAACUUCUUCAUGAAGGAGAACAAGUACUACUCGGAGUUCAGUUUUUGGAUUCCGGUCGGAUAUGUGUUUGUAUUGGGUCUAUUCUUCACCGAAGACAGUAAGUUUACGAAGGUUCUGCACCGUGACCAAACCGAUGAGCUGAAAGGUUGGAUGCAGCUGGUUAUAUUGAUAUACUACAUGACUGGCGCUUCGCAUGUUCUACCCAUCUACAUGCACAUAAAGGUGCUCAUUAGCGGGUAUCUGUUUCUGUCCGGAUAUAGUCAUUUCACUUAUUGUUGGCAGACAGGAAAUAGCGGAAUAGUGCGGUUCCUGCACGUUAUGUUCAAGAUCAAUUUCCUAACAGUUAUUCUUUGUUUGUGUAUGAACCGUCCGUAUCAAUUUUACUUUUUUGUACCGUUGCUGUCCUUUUGGUACUGCAUGAUCUACUUCCUUUUAUCUAUUCCACCAAAGAUUACAGCACAGAGCUCGGAAAACAAUGCGUACCAAUAUCUGUAUGUAGUUCUGAAAUUCGUCUGCAUGUUAAGCGUUAUAACGGUACUCUACAUGAGUGAGGUGUUUUUUGAACGCAUUUUUGUAACCCGGCCUUGGAAAGCAUUGUUCGUAACAACUGAUGACGAUAUUCAUGAAUGGUGGUAUCGUUGGAAACUGGAUCGCUAUACUAUUACAUAUGGAAUGAUUUUUGCUGCUAUGUUCCAUAUCGCCCAAAGGUAUUAUUUCUUCGACGACAAUAAUCAUGGAAACUUGUUCUCAAGGCGAAUAUCGUUAACAUCGACAUUGGCAGCCAUAGCAGGAAUAGGAUUCUACACGACGUGGACAUUUUUCUGUCGGAAUAAGCAAGAUUGUGAGGAAAUCCACUCGUACGUAGUGUUCAUUCCAAUCGUUGGCUACAUACUGCUACGUAACAUUUCCGGUAUGCUUCGGACGCGCUAUUCGACAUUUUUCGCAUGGUUCGGACGAAUUUCGCUGGAGCUGUUCAUAUGCCAGUAUCACAUUUGGCUGGCAGCGGACAGAAAUGGCGUUCUGGUUCCUCCAGGAUUUCCCACUUUGAAUGUUCUGAUAACUUCGUUUAUAUUCGUCUGCGUAUCGCACGAAAUCCAUCGUCUAACAACCGUACUGCUGCCCUAUGUAAUACCAAAUGAUUGGAAGUUGGCACUCCGUAAUGUGCUGAUCUUCGUUGUGGUACUUAUCCCUAUCGGUAGAUAUGAUGGAAUGAUAUAAAAUAUUCAAGACAGUGAUUGUGUACUGAACUGAGUCAAAAUUGCACUGAAGAUCUUUUUAUGUUAUAAUUAAAGCUUAGUCAUCGAUAUAGGUAACAAAUAAAUAAUCAAAAUUGAAUAAUAAAGGGAAAUAACAAAAA